CGCUGCCCCGCGCCCGCCGCUCCGAGCCCAUGGCAUCGCCGGCCGUGGGGCCGUGCCCCCGCCCGCUGCCGCCCGCCGUGCCCGGCUCCAUGCGCCGCCGGCCGCCGGGCCCCGCCGCGACCCCCGCCCCUCCCGAGGGGAGCCCCGGCGGGGCCCGGGCUGCGCGGCGGCUGCGGCGGCGCGGGGGAGCCCCGCGGCUGCUGCCCGACGUGCGGAGCAUCUUCGGGGCGCCGCGGGAGCCCCCCGAGCGCGGCCGCGGCCACCGCUUCGCCCCGCGCCUGCCGCGCCGGGGAUGGUGCGACCUGUGCGGGGAGGCGGUGCGGGAGCGAGCCCUGCGCUGCGACUACUGCAGGUACACGUGUCACCAGGAGUGUCGCAGCCUCAUCCAGCUGGAUUGUCGCCGGCCGGGCCAGGGCCAGAGCCAGCUGUCCCCAGAGAGCACCCUCGUGCCACCCUGCCCCCAGAAUGUGACACAAACUGUGGAAGAAGAAAAACCUGAGCCUCCAACUAUCCAGGAGAUCAAACAGAAGAUUGAAAAGUACAAUGCAAAGGUCACCAACUGCCUGCUGAUGAAACUGAACGAUGAUGGGACCUACACGGGGUUCAUCAAGGUGCACCUGAAGCUGCGGCGCCCGGUGACGGUGCCGGCCGGGAUCCGGCCCCAGUCCAUCUACGAUGCCCUCAAGGAGGUGAACCUGGCUGAGAUGACAGACAAGAGGACCUCCUUCUACCUGCCCCUGGAUGCCAUCAAGCAGCUGCACAUCAGCAGCACCACCACGGUGAGCGAGGUGAUCCAGGGGCUGCUGAAGAAGUUCAUGGUGGUGGAUAACCCCCAGAAGUUUGCACUUUUCAAGGAGAUGAGGAAAGAUGGGCAAGUGCUCUUCCAGAAGCUUCCUCUGACCGAGUACCCCCUGUACCUGCGGCUGCUGGCGGGCCCUGACACCGAUGUGCUGAGCUUUGUGCUGAAGGAAAACGAAACGGGGGAAGUCGAGUGGGACGCCUUCUCCAUCCCAGAGCUGCAGAACUUCCUGAUGAUCCUGGACAAAGAGGAGAAGGACAAAAUCCAGCAAGUGCACAAGAAGUACGAGAGGUUCAAACAGAGACUGCAACAGACCCUGAAAGAGGCCAGAGGCAAGCCUGGAUAACCUUCAGGAGGCACUGGGCAUCAGACUAAGCUAGAGACUGUUUUUAAUGAAAAGACUUCUCAGGACACCUUAGUAGUCAUUCUCCCUCUUCAACCUUCCAUAAGGACUGGCUCCCAGCACCCCUAAAGUGAUCCUAUUGCAUUUUCUUCUUCUGAAACCUCUUCUCCCAGGACCAAAGCCAGUCCAAGAACGGGAAGCCUGUUUAUAAAACAGCUUCAACAAAGCAAACACAGCUGCUGCUUGGCUUUCCAGCCGUGCCAUCCGCUGGAGAGGCUGCGUGGAAAAUUCUCAGUGUGACACCCAACAGGACCCCUCUGCUGGCUGAAGUUUGGAGCAGGGCAGCUCUUGCUCUUCCUGCUCCUCCCAGCGAGCUGCUUGUUCCUGUUUGGAGGUGCUGUGGCCCACAGUGCCCUCGUGGCCCAGUUCUGGUUUCGUAAGGAGAGCACAGGAAACAGCAGGAGAAGGGGAGGAGGUUGUUGCACCAAACCACGUGGGUGUUGCAGCUCUAGCCAAGCCCUGGACUUGUUCAGGGCUAAGGCAGCCAGGGAAAUGCCAGAUUAGGACACCAAGGCAGCUUCAACACCCCAACAGUCUGUUAGUAAAUGGUAUUGCAACUUGGAAUAGUAAUUCCCAGGAAAAUCAUUCAUUUUGAUUCUAUUUGACUUCUAAUUUUAGAAAGAGCUGAAUUACAGUAACUGUCCCUGAUGCUUAGCCAAGUUAGCCAGGGUUUCACCAGUUCUCUACUCUGUAGGAAUUGGGACCUAUGUUUCCAGAAAUUCUGUUUGAAAAGUGUAAAGGUGAUGGUUGGGGCACAGGCUGAGGGUUCAGUGUUGAAGGUUUAGCAAUACACGUCCAUCAGAGGAACCCAGGAAAGCUCAAAACCCCUUCACAAAUCAGAUUUUGAGUUGUGAACGUGCCUGGCCCCGAGGGAGAGGAGCCCCAUCCAGAGCUGGGGUGUGGAGGUGGCACCAAGGAAGGGAAUUACUGUCCUUGGAUGCUUUCUGCUCACCUCACCUGGUCUUCCUCCUGCUCCUGCUGUCCCAGCCCUGCUGUCCCUGUGCUCUGUUCUCCCUCCCCACUCUCAACUGGUGCUGUCCUGCACGUCCAGGAAGCUUCCCAGGAUUUGCUCUCUCCGUGGAGCCAGGAGAGGACAGCAAGUCUCUCUCUGCCUGUCUCAGGGCUGCCACCACGCCAUGCUGAGCAUCCCUCAGCAAAGUCCUGGAGCUGCAGGCUGGGUCCCUGCCCUCACUCCUGCUGCUGAGGCCGUGCAGGGAUCACUGCCAGGCUGGGAAUGCCCCAGGGAUCCCGGGGGAGAGGAUGGGCCCCGUGUUUACCCUCAGUGCUCCCUACUGAGCACGCUGCACACAGCCAGGGCCAGCCCUCCCUCUGUUCCCAGCCCAGGGAACAGGGACUGUCAGUGCUGGAUUGGGGUGGAGCAGGGACAGGGGUUGGUGUGGGCUCCAUGGAGCUCACUGUGGCUGCUGGGAUCCCCCCUGCACCCCGCGGGAGGGGAGGCAGCAGGUUAUGGGGAACAGGGAGGAGUUCAAAUUUACCUCAGUGCCUUUUUUUUCCCUUAAGUGUGAAAACUGCAUUUGGGCUAAGGAGGAAGCUGUGCAGAGGCCUCGUCCCUCCUGUCCCCACAGCACUGGUGUGACGAGGCCCUCGUGUCCGGGGAGGGAUGAGGAACUGCUUUGUUUCUUUCUGGAAGGUGAUUGCUUGGGAUUUUUUUUUUCCAGAUUUUGAGUAUGUUUGUUUCUAAACCUUAUGAGAGUAACUGCAUUACUUGGAGCCCUUGGCUGGUUGAAAGCCACUUUCUGCCAAGCUCAGUUGCAGCUCCUGUUCUGGUCAGCAGUGAGGGUUUGCUCGCAGGGCUCUGGUGCAGAGGAGCCUCCAGCUGUACUGUACUCUACACCCAACGACCUUUAACAACUGCUGGCAGCCACAGAGCAGCACUUGCCAUGCUCUGGGGCUGUUUGUCCAGCCACAAGCAGACUUAGCACUUCACUAUUCACUUGUGGAGUCAUUUAAAUACCGUUUAUCUGGUGCUUUGAGCCUUGACAGCACCGUAUAAAUACUUCAGUUCCACCGUGGGGAAGAGCGCUGUAAAAACUGCCGGUGGCUCUCAGAGGGAAGAGCCACACGCUUGGUUUGAAAUCCCUUUUCUUUCUGGCUGAAAGUUGUGCAGGUUUCCUUUAUUUUUUUUUUUUUUUGGUGAGUUUUGGUGAGUGUCCCCCUCUCCCUUCCUGGCCCCAGCAUGUCUUUGACAGUCUGUAGAAGGCAUGGCUUCGUAUGCAAUCACUGUGGAUGCUGCUGAAAACCUCCUGCCACCAGCAGGGCUCGUUCUUUUGGGUUUAUUUUUUCAAUUUGAGGGGCAUUUGAAGAGUUGGUGGGUGUUGAAACUCAAAUUCUCAAGGGUCAGUUGAGCUGGUUUUAGAAGUAUUUGCCCCUUCUUUAAGCAUAAAUCCUGUUGGCAGUGCCUUUGGUUAGCAAUUGUCUCGCCUAGGUCGUGUGAGUUUAUUUUCCAUGGCUACUGUAAAACCUGUAAAAUAAUGUGUAUAGGAUGGAAUAGUAGAGCUUCUAUGGCAAAGUGAAAUGCAUUUUUGCAAUGCUGUAAUUUAUUUUUACUACUCCCUAGUGAUUCUAUGGCAUUUUUACAAAAUGUCUCACUCUCAGCUUUUUUUGAAGGUUCUGGAACUAUUUGUUCAUAUGCAGACAGUGUAAGAGACAAUGAUAAUAAAGCUGUCAGUAAUUAAAGAAA